GAAAUUGCGUGGAUUAGACAAUUAGAACUUUAAUGGCCAAUAUUUUUCUUCAUUCUCUUGACUCACUACCAACUCUUCACCAUUUUUUUUUUUUUUUUUUUUUUUUAAAUGAAAUAUUAUAAUUUCUUCCCGAGAACGGGCAUUAAGAUUCGAUUACAAGAUUCGACUCGAACAAAAUACCAAAAUCAAACAACUUCUAGCUAGUUUCGCUCGACCCAUGUCCCCGGCGCGUUCUGCUAGUUCGAAUUCAUAAUCAUCAGGCAUCAAAAACCGUUCUCACCAUCAACUUAACCCACGGGAAAGAGAGAUUCUCCGUGUUGCCACGGAUGCCGGGGUCUUCCCGGGUCAUUUCCAGUGUAGCUAGCUUCCGAUGAUCUUGUCUCUCUUGCAAUCUCAUCCUUCAAUGAAGCGCGAGCAAACAAUAAGCGAGUGGUCCGAGAGACCCGUACCUGAAGAGAAACGCGAGACCGAACAAUACACACGCUAAUGCCACUCCGAACCUGCAAGAAACGGGUUGUAAACUCUGCUACUCCUUGACCUGAGGCCCCAAACCUGCACAAUUAUGACACGCACACCACCACCAAAGUCCAAGCGAAACCAAAGGUGAUGCUGGGAUGUGAGCGUGACCAAGCGUGGCACCAUGACGGCCAAUGACUGAUGAGAACCGCCACUACGCCUGAAGCUGUCGAGAACCGAGAAGCUAAUAUCUGUGCUGCUAAAUCCACCUCCGGUACCGACAGAGAUGUAACACCAAUCUAAAACAGAGGCAUUCUCUUCGAAGGCCGUCGCCUUAAGAGAAACACAAACCAAGGAGACAAGUAGAGGAGAACUGAAAGCGCUGAGGCAUUGCAAGAGGGCAUCGGGGAGCCAUAGACGACUACCCCUUGACUCCUCUCACAAGACCUUCACGAGCCACAACAGAGAGAGAGCACCAUCACCGCCUGCAUACUCAUCGCUCAAGACUCGUCACCGUGGUAAUGAAAUCCACCGGCACGCGCUUUGACUAAAGAGAUGAGAGACCGGUGAUUGACGACGCCGCCAAGAACCGAGAAUCACCCUCCGUAGCCGCUUGAAACUCUAAGGACCGAGGCAGAGAACUACCGAAACCAAAGAGAAGCAAACCGUCCUUCUUCCACAAGCGCAAAGGAAACAAAUCGAGAUCUAGAAUUGAAAACCGACCUCAAUCUUGAACCCAAAAAGCCGACUGCGUCCACGAACCACCGCUCACCCUCCUCACCGAGAGUCCAGAGAAAGCAGAGAAGCCGUCGGAGUCGAACUCCUCUCGAGCGGAGCAGACCCCGGAGCCAAACCCUAACCCAGAAAAUCGAGCAUAUCGGAGGUGAGCACCAUAGUCGGAAAGACAGCAGACAGAAGAGCUAAGAAAAGCGAAGGUGAAGCCUCCGACGCCGGAUUGAGCGCUCACGCGCUGCCGGAGCCGGAGCAAACAGAAGGCGAGUGAGUUUGAGUCGAGAGAGAAAAACGGGAGGAGAGAGAAUUUCCUUUCAAGUUUUGUGUUUCACCAUUUCUUUUCUCUUUCUCAUUUUCGUAUUUUAUCAGAUCCAAUGCCAUUGCAUGUUUAUAUUAGUAUAUUACAAAAGAAGUCUUAUUGCGAUUCCAUGAUUUAUAACAAUGUCAAGUUGAAAUACUGAGAAUUUAGCUAGCAGUCUUCAUGGCAGUUGACUAGUUGUUGGUCUAUCUACCAUGGGUUUAAUUGAUAAUAUAUGACGUCAAUAACGUACUAAUUAAGCAGGAUGCACAGUUAGUAACAACCUUUGAUGCUAUCAUGCUUACAGCUACCAAUCAGCGAACAAUUAACUUCAAUGAGAGAACAUGGUAAAGAAAUUAACUAUCUGUUGAAACUUGAAAGGGAAAAAGUUGCGUUUCCUAUAAUGGAACAAAUAUUGGACCGACUAUCUAUUGAUAUGAUUUGAUGUAUCAACAAGAUAUAUAAAUGAUUAAAUCAAAAAUGAAUCACGGGAGGCAUCAAUCGACUACAAAGCAUUAGAUUGGAAUGGUAGUCUCAACGUCGCUAGCUUAACCUCCCUAAAAAUAGCAACCUUUAGAUGUGCACAUCAGAGAUGUCAAUUUCGAAAAUCAUUUGGUACAUAACUUUGUUGAACGUAAGUGAUGAAAAUAUAUGAUAUAAUUUUUUGAUUCCACAUUAGAUUGAAGUUGCUUCUGAUUAUAAACAGGUUUUUUGGUUGAAUAUAAUUUACAUUCAUUCAAAAAAAUGAUAUAUGGAUAAUUACUCUACUAUUUUUUAAGAAAGUAUCAGAAAUGUGAAAGUAUCUAUGUGAAAUAUAACCAAGAUUUAGGGCCAUAUAUAUGUAAAAUUUUGAUUACUCUUUUUUUACAUUUUAGAUGAACACGCAACAUUAUUUUGACCAAAUGUGAACGGGUAUCCAAUAAAAAUAGUUAUAUUAUAAUCUUGUAAAUUUUUAUUACUAUACUUAUAAGCUUAGAUCCUAAGGGUUUGCCGACAUUUGUAUUCAUUUGUUUUCUUAAUCCAAUAUAAUAUAGGUGUGAAUCUUAAAUCAACAAGAAGAUCUAUAAAAAAAGCAUACCAAGAAAUCAAAAUGAAUUUAUCAAACCAAAAAAAAAAUGAAAGCUAAAACAUGAUGGGCAAUAGAAAUUAGAUGCAUCUCAAUUUCCAUAUUUAUUUUUCCUCACAGAAAGAAAUAUGAUGAUGGGACGUAAAUAAAGGUGAGCAACUACAAUAUGAAUAAUCAAGUCCAACUUGUUUGCUUGUGACUUGUGACUGAGCAAAAAUAAAAGUCAUCCUCUCUUUCUCACAAUCACACACACACAUACACUUGACUCGCAAACAAAAUCAAGAACCCAAUACCUAAACUACAUCCUGAUAUAAUUACAUAGAUGGAGGGAGAAACCGCUGCGAAGGCAGCAGGGAGUUCCUCCUCAUCACCAAGCCGCUAUGAGUCACAGAAAAGACGAGACUGGAACACUGUCCUUCAGUAUUUAAAGAACCACAAGCCACCUCUGAGCCUGUCUCGUUGCAGUGGCGCACACGUCAUCGAGUUCCUUAAGUACCUCGACCAGUUUGGUAAGACCAAAGUCCACGUCCUGGCUUGUCCCUUCUUUGGAGAGCCGAACCCACCGGCUCAGUGCACUUGCCCUCUCCGGCAAGCUUGGGGAAGCCUCGACGCUCUCAUCGGCCGUCUAAGGGCUGCGUUUGAGGAAAUAGGCGGUGGUCUUCCUGAGUCAAACCCUUUCGCCGCCAAGGCUGUUAGGAUCUAUCUUAAGGAAGUCCGUGAAACUCAGGCUAAGGCUCGAGGGAUUCCCUACGAUAAGAAAAAACGAAAACGGCCUCUUACAGCCAAGGCAACUCCCAACGUCGAUGAUGGAGAAAGCAGUGGAGGAAGUGGUGGUGCUGCUUUGGUCGUUUCUUCAACUAUGAUAUAGUCACGCCACCGACGGAAUCCAAAUACCUGAUGCUAAAUCUUAAUAAAGUAUAUAUAAAUGGUUUAGUAAUUAUUAUGUUCUUACUUUCUAAAUAAUCAAAUGUUUUGUGUAUUAAGUAUUGAGAUGUAUUAUGUAUACUGCAAUUGUAUACAUGGAAAAGAGGAUGACCCAUUAUUAAUUAAAAAUUUAUUAUGUUUAGUUAUA